UUUGGACUGUGGUUCAGUGGACCAAUGUGCUGCUUACAGUUUUCAAAAUGACCUUGGUCUGAGCUACUGUGUCACGCUGCAGCUUCCAGGAUAAGCACCGACCGAUGGAUAGUUCUCCGGCUCAGUGCGCGAAACCUGAAGGUGCAGCAGACGCUGUCGUCCUCAGUGCGCGGUGCUGGAAGUGAGCAGGGUGACCGUCUGUCGGUGCUGAGCUCCAGAGGAAAGAGACGGUAAAGUUAUCCUGAAAGAUCAUCACCGCACUCUCAUCCUCCUCCUCCCGUGGCAGCAGCGGUGAAGUUGUCAUGCCUCCCUGCUGCGAAGAUGACGGACUCUGCUCACACAUCAAGAUGUCGAGGUAACGUGUGGCAGCAUGGGAGCACCACCGAGGAAGUUGGACUCGUCUCUGCUGGAGGUAAAGAUGCAUCCAUACAACCACCUGUUCUCCUGGAGGAUGGCUGCAGUGUGGUCGAUCCUGCUCUUCCCAUCAGUUCUCGGUUAUGACAAAACGCACACUCACGCUGAGGAUGAUCUCUUCAAGACGCUGUUCGCCGGAUACAACAAGUGGUCGAGACCUGUGCCCAACAUCUCUGACGUGGUCAUUGUCAAGUUCGGACUGUCCAUCGCUCAGCUCAUUGACGUGGAUGAGAAGAACCAGAUGAUGACAACCAACGUGUGGCUUAAACAGGAGUGGAACGACUACAAGCUCAGCUGGAGACCGUCUGACUAUGACAACGUGACGUCCAUCAGAGUGCCGUCAGAGCUCAUAUGGGUACCAGACAUUGUCCUCUAUAACAAUGCAGACGGUGAGUUUGCUGUGACUCACAUGACCAAAGCUCACCUGUUCCACACGGGUAAAGUUCGCUGGGUCCCUCCCGCCAUUUACAAGAGCUCCUGCAGCAUCGACGUCACCUUCUUCCCUUUUGACCAGCAGAACUGCAAAAUGAAGUUUGGCUCCUGGACCUAUGAUAAGGCCAAGAUUGACCUGGAGCGUAUUGAGAACACGGUGGAUCUAAACAACUACUGGGAGAGCGGCGAGUGGGCCAUCAUCAAUGCCGUGGGGACGUACAAUACAAAGAAAUACGACUGCUGCCAUGAGAUCUACCCGGACAUCACCUACUUCUUCAUCAUCCGAAGGCUUCCCUUGUUUUACACCAUCAACCUCAUCAUCCCCUGUUUGCUGAUCUCCUGCCUCACUGUCUUGGUUUUCUAUCUGCCCUCAGACUGUGGUGAGAAGAUCACCCUGUGCAUCUCUGUGCUACUGUCCCUCACUGUCUUCCUCCUCCUCAUCACGGAGAUCAUACCCUCAACAUCCCUCGUCAUCCCCCUGAUCGGCGAGUACCUCCUCUUCACCAUGAUUUUUGUCACCUUGUCCAUUGUCAUCACCGUCUUUGUGCUCAAUGUGCACCAUCGCUCUCCCAGCACUCACAAGAUGCCCCGCUGGGUCCACUCGGUGUUCCUGGACCUAAUCCCCCGCUGGCUGUUCAUGCGCCGGCCUGCGCCAGACGGACGGCGACGCAGGCUGUUGCUGCUACAGCAGGAGGCAGCUGCGGUGCGGCGGCAGGUUCGGCUAGCUGGGUACAAAUCUGGCAACUGCCUCAGCACUUCGGCUAACUGGUUGAGGGACGGAACCACGUCCAACGAUCCUGACCGAAGCUGUUAUGAGGAUUUAGAGCUGGGAACGCUGACUUCGUAUUUUUCCUUCCGUCCUCCAUCACCCAGACCUCCGGGGUCGACUCCUCCUCAGCAAAAGAAAACCCCACAGAACAGCCAGAACCGACAGGAAGCAGCCGGAGGCACUAACAGACAGUCAACAGGGGUCAGAGUCAAUCCUACUCAGAGGCCGACCAAAGUAGAAAACACUGUAUCAGACUCCACAUUCCUGCUUUCACCCAGUGUUGUGCGAGCAUUAGAAGGGGUGCACUACAUUGCAGACCACCUGAGAGCUGAGGACGCUGACUUCAGUGUGAAGGAGGACUGGAAGUACGUCGCUAUGGUCAUUGAUCGCAUCUUCUUGUGGAUGUUCAUAAUUGUUUGCCUGCUUGGGACCAUCGGCCUCUUCCUGCCGCCCUGGCUUGCCGGCAUGAUCUAGUGCUUGAGAGAAAGAAAAGUUCAAACCCACAACCACCUUCACUUGAGUGAUGUUUGACAUUCAGGGCCAAAUCUGAAGUUUGUGUAACACCUAAAGCGCAGUGUGUGGUCUCAUCAGCUCAUGACUACACACCACCAAAUCAAGAUCGGGAAAAUGUAAAACUGUUUAGUGGCUCCCUGUAAAUCCAAAUAUAUUUCUUCUUAGAUGAUAGCCCCUGGUACAUGCAGGAAUCUCUGGGUUUUGUUUGGAGUUGUGUGUAAGGAAGUCUAUAAGUACCACUACUUCUGUCUCAGACCACAGAUCGCUCGAGGUCACUGGGGUUAAUCUCUACAUACACAUGUGUAUGAAUAGUACUUCAGAGUUAAAGUGAUAGUUCACUGAAAAAUUUAAAUUCACUCUUUAUCUACUCACCACUAUGCCGAUGGAGGGGUGGGUGUUGGUUUGAGUCCACAAAACACUCCCGGAGUUGUGGAAGGUAAACUUUGUUGCAGCAGAAUCCAAUGUCAAUGGUGUCCUCUUCUUCAGACGUAAUAAAACAGAAAAAACAUAACAUGCCUCCAUACUGCUCAUGUGGUGUCAUCCAAGUUACAGCAAGCCCCAACAUUCAUAGUCGACACGUAUAACUAAUGCUACGGUUACGUGCAACGAGACUGCAUAUUGAAUGACAUAAGACAGCAGUUUUCCAAAUACUCUCCACAGUACUGGUCUGCAGCAGUAGUUAAAAGGAUUACAUGCAGUACUUUUAGAAGUUUUCAGCCUUGAACUGAGGGGACAAGAAAUUCUGUUGUUGAUGCUCAAUGAGAAAUUAUGUUUGAGCCAAGAAAUACUUGGAUGAGUCAUGAACCUCUUUCAACACAAAGUGGGACGACAUUAAACUCCCUUUGGUUUUGAUAAUUGAACCAACGUUUUCUUGUAAUAGAUACUGACUGGACUUUGUUUUUUAAAUUUAAUAAAUACCAUGAUGAACACUGUUGAAAGGCCUGUCAUGGCAUUUAUUGAGUGCAAAUGAGCACUGUUUGCACACCAUCGUAUUUCAGCCAGAAGCAUGAAUGACACUUUCUUCCUGACAUUUCAUUUUUACCAUAUAUAUUCAAGUUUUUAAAAAAUAUACAAAAGUCUUCAAGCUCAACUUUCUGUGCACUGACGACUAUCUCUACUGUCUAUAUUUAUGUACUGUAUGCUGAAACACACAAAUGUUGAUACACACAAAGUGCAGCAGGGAGAACAAUUAAAUCAGAACCUGUGUGAUAUCAUGUACGACAAUUCAAUUUAACAGCCAUUUAACUUUUGUGAUGCAUAUUCCUCUACAUGAGCUGAUUCAACUUUGUGGUAAUUUCAGAGUCUAAGUGUUUUUAUGUUGCUGCAUGGGAUUACAUUACCUUAC